CGGCUCUUCGCAGUUUCCUCUCCUUGUUUUGCUUUCGAUCUGGACUGUUCUCAGGCAAGCCGGGGAGUAACUUUUAGUUUUGCUCCUGCGAUUAUUCAACUGACGGGCUUUCAUUUCCAUUUCACACACCCUAGCAACACUUAUACCUUGCGGAAUUGUAUUGGUAGCGUGAAAAAAGCACACUGAGAGGGGCAAAACACACCUUUUGAGGUCUGUGGAGCUCAAAAAUGAAGUCAAAGGUGACUGGGUGACACAAACAGCUCAGAUGAUCAAAGUGUGGACGAGGAAGAUGGAGGGAUUAGCCCAAGGACACACACCAGCAAUGGCAGAGUCAAGGCCGUGACACAACUGUCCUGAUUUCUGUGCAUUUUGGUUCUUAGACAAACAUAACCGCUCUGUGUCAUCUCCACUGAGUUACCUGCCUUCUCUAACUUUGUUCGAGGUUCACAUGGCCUGGCUGUUAGUGCCUGUGGGAGGCUUGCCUUACAGAAAGACCAGCGUGUCACCUUGACUUUCGAUAACGGAAGCUACAUGAUACAUACCGAGGCACCAUGCCGGUGGAAAGGAUGCGCAUGCGCCCGUGGCUGGAGGAGCAGAUAAACUCCAACACGAUCCCAGGGCUCAAGUGGCUUAACAAGGAAAAGAAGAUUUUUCAGAUCCCCUGGAUGCAUGCGGCUAGACAUGGGUGGGAUGUGGAAAAAGAUGCACCACUCUUUAGAAACUGGGCAAUCCAUACAGGAAAGCAUCAACCAGGAGUAGAUAAACCUGAUCCCAAAACAUGGAAGGCGAAUUUCAGAUGCGCCAUGAAUUCCUUGCCUGAUAUUGAAGAAGUCAAGGAUAAAAGCAUCAAGAAAGGAAACAAUGCCUUCAGGGUCUACCGAAUGCUGCCCCUAUCGGAGCGGCCUUCUAAGAAAGGAAAGAAACCAAAGACAGAAAAAGAAGACAAAGUUAAGCACAUCAAGCAAGAACCAGUUGAGUCAUCUCUGGGGCUUAGUAAUGGAGUAAGUGAUCUUUCUCCUGAGUAUGCGGUCCUGACUUCAGCUAUAAAAAAUGAAGUGGAUAGUACGGUGAACAUCAUAGUUGUAGGACAGUCCCAUCUGGACAGCAACAUUGAGGAUCAAGAGAUUGUUACUAAUCCGCCAGACAUUUGCCAAGUUGUAGAGGUGACCACUGAGAGCGAUGAGCAGCCGGUCAGCAUGAGCGAGCUCUACCCUCUGCAGAUCUCCCCCGUGUCUUCCUAUGCAGAAAGCGAAACGACUGAUAGUGUGCCCAGCGAUGAAGAGAGUGCCGAGGGGCGGCCACACUGGCGGAAGAGGAAUAUUGAAGGCAAACAGUACCUCAGCAACAUGGGGACUCGAGGCUCCUACCUGCUGCCCGGCAUGGCGUCCUUCGUCACUUCCAACAAACCGGACCUCCAGGUCACCAUCAAAGAGGAGAGCAAUCCGGUGCCUUACAACAGCUCCUGGCCCCCUUUUCAAGACCUCCCCCUUCCUUCCUCCGUGAUCCCAGCAUCCAGCAGCAGUCGGCCAGACCGGGAGGCCCGGGCCAGUGUCAUCAAGAAAACAUCGGAUAUCACCCAGGCCCGCGUCAAGAGCUGUUAAGCCUCUGACUCUCCCCGGUGGUUGUUGGGGCUUCUUGGCUUUGUUUUGUUGUUUGUUUGUAUUUUAUUUUUUUCUCUCUGACACCUAUUUUAGACAAAUCUAAGGGAAAAAGCCUUGACAAUAGAACAUUGAUUGCUGUGUCCAACUCCAGUACUGGAGCUUCUCUUUAACUCAGGACUCCAGCCCAUUGGUAGACGUGUGUUUCUAGAGCCUGCUGGAUCUCCCAGGGCUACUUGCUCAAGUUCAAGGACCAACAAGGGCAGUGGAGGUGCUGCAUUGCCUGCGGUCAAGGCCAGCAAGGUGGAGUGGAUGCCUCAGAACGGACGAGAUAAUGUGAACUAGCUGGAAUUUUUUAUUCUUGUGAAUAUGUACAUAGGCAGCACUAGCGACAUUGCAGUCUGCUUCUGCACCUUAUCUUAAAGCACUUACAGAUAGGCCUUCUUGUGAUUUUGCUCUAUCUCACAGCACACUCAGCACCCCCUUCUCUGCCCAUUCCCCAUCCUCUCUUCCUAUCCCAUCCCGUCCCAUCCCAUCCCGCUCUUUUCCUACUUUUCCUUCCCUCAAAGCUUCCAUUCCACAUCCGGAGGAGAAGAAGGAAAUGAAUUUCUCUACAGAUGUCCCAUUUUAAGACUGCUUUAAAAAAAAAUCCUUCUAAUCUGCUAUGCUUGAAUGCCACGCGGUACAAAGGAAAAAGUAUCAUGGAAAUAUUAUGCAAAUUCCCAGAUUUGAAGACAAAAAUACUCUAAUUCUAACCAGAGCAAGCUUUUUUAUUUUUUAUACAGGGGAAUAUUUUAUUCAAGGUAAAAUUCUAAAUAAAAUAUAAUUGUUUUUUAUCUUUUCUACAGCAAAUUUAUAAUUUUAAGAUUCCUUUUCUUGUUUAUCAGCAGUUGUUAUUACAUCCUUGUGGCACAUUUUUUUUUUAAUUUUGUAAAGGUGAAGAAAGCUUUUAUGAGCUCAUGUAGCAAUCAGAUUAUCCUGUGGAUUGAUAAUAAAUGAAUAUGAUAUAUAGUUAAA